GAAUUCAUCACAGUCGCAAUUUUUUAUAUUCCGCGGUGAAUGCUAUUUUGUCACAGUCGCAAUUUUUCAUAUGAUACUGUGACUGCUACUUUGUCACAGUCGCAAUUUUUCAUAUGAUACUGUGAAUGCUAUUUUGUCACAGUCGCAAUUUUUCAUGUGAUACUGUGACUGCUACUUUGUGCGUUAAUUCCUGUCACUGCUACUUUAGGAAACUUGUCACAGCUGUGACCAGUGAUUUUUAAGUAGCAGUGACAAAGUCACAGGUACUCAAAUAUUUACCAUCUCUAGUGCACACGCUUGGAAGAUGACAACAACCGAUGAGUCGACGUUACGAGUUUUCGAGAUAAAGGUUCUGCGAAAGAUUUAUGGUCCUUUGCGCAUUGGCUACGGCGAAUAUCGCAUUCGAUGGAACGAUGAUCUGUACGAGAUAUACGACGACAUUGACAUAGUUCAGCGAAUUAAAAGACAGCGGCUACGCUGGCAAGGUCAUGUUGUCCGGAUGGACGAAAACAGCUCUGAAAGUACCCGCAGUACCUGCCGGGGGAAGCGGAAGAAGAGGAAGAUCUCCACUCCUUUGGAAGGACCAAGUGGAGAAGGAUCUGGCUUCGCUUGGAAUAUCCAAUUGGCGCCACGUAGCGAAAAUAAGAAACGACUGGCGCGCUGUUGUUAAUUAACUCGGCUAUCUUCGCGUAAGCGGUGUCUACGCCAAUAAAGAACAAGAAGAUAUAUAUGGUAUUAAAUUAUAAAAUUGCCAUUUAUAUGAACUCUUGUGUUCUGCCACAUAUUUAUUUUAUAUUUUAGCUUAAUAUAUUAUUUCACAGUAUUUCCAUUUAGUCUAUUUUACUUGUAUAUAUUCAACGCUAUGAAAAUGCAGCCCAAUCAAAAAAUCUUAGUAUUUGAAAAGAUCAUAAGUCAAUUUUGGAUAAUAAAGCCUGCAGAAUUAACAAAAGUGUAAACAUAGUCGACGUUGCCGCGAGAUGUCGAUGCAUAGAAACUCUUUUAACUUCGCGGCAAUAUGUGCAAUGCAAUUUAUGCUCCGCCUCGCCUUUGCCAAACUCGCUGUUACUUCCAUGGACAGAGGCAGAGGCUCAACGGUAGAGUUAAUCCUAUUAUAACAAUACUUAAGGGGUUAGGUGUAGUCAAAGGUACAAAAAAAUGAGAAUUUUCAGUAUUUUUUUUUCCUAUUAAAUCGUGUUAUUUUACAAUAGUACUGAUAUGGUAUUAUUAUAUAAUGUGUUGACUUGAAGUCACGAAAAUUUCAAAAAAAAACUUAAUUUUCAAAGUUAUAGGUCUUUUUGUUGGCCCAGUUCCAAAAGAGGGUACUUGCUGUGACAACUAUAAGUCCUUGGAUUUAAAAUCAGUCGGACAAAAAAAUUAGUUUUAUAAAUAGAUAAACUCGGGUCUGAUCGAUCGAUUUGUUUUUUUUUUUGUUUUUCAAAAAUUAACAAAAUGGCGGCCUCAGGAAAUUUUUUUCUAAAUUUUUGGGAAAAAAUCAACAGUUAAUUGGUCUUAAAAAAUCGAAAUUUUUGAAAAGCCCGAGUUUAUUAUGUAUUCUAAAAGCUGUAUAAAUUUCAUUAAAAUCUACUGAGCGGUUUUCGAUUUACAGGUGUCACCAGUUCAAAAAACCAAGUUUUGAAAAAAACGCGUUUAAAGUUUCACACUAGCGCUUUGAAGUGCCCGAGCUCUCUUUGUUAUUUGUCGAAUAACUCAAAAACUAACUACCUUGCAGCAUAUUUUCGUAGUAUAAAAAUAUUUACGUAAAAUUAAAAAUAUAUUAAAGGAACUCGAUUAAUAAAAAAAACUAGUAUAAUUAUGAGACAUUUCCUCCCCUUACCCUUCCGUGCCUACGGCCGUUCAACUGUUCCGUUGUUGAAAGUAAAAGUGCAGAGUUGAAAUAUUCUUUUCGGAAGGCAGGGAGAAGUGAGCGACAACGUACAUGUAUUUAAAAAUCUAAGAAGGUAUACGUAUAAAAACAGGUGUGAACAUAAAAAUCAAAUCGAUCACCAUAAAACUUUACAGGAACACGUCCUGGGCCAUCCUGAAGAUCGUUCUAAAAUUUCAUUAAAAUCGAUCUAUCCAUUCUACGAGUAACAUACAUACACAGUUUUUGUCGAAUUUUACAAAAUUUUUUAGCGUUUUUUUGUUAAAUUUUCGCCAAACACUAAACAAAUAUCAUUGGGCAAGCACCGUAUUCCAUGUGACUUCUGGCUAUUCUAGUAAUUCAAAAAACCGCUCUUGGGAAACCGCUUUGAGUUACUUGAAGACAUCAAAAAAAAUUCGACGCGACAGCUGAGGUCGACUGACAUAAACAGCUGCUGUAAACACACUUGUUGACAGAUCGCGCUAAGUUUUAGCAUCAUAAUUAAGGACAGUUGUACCAACCUAGUAAAAAAAAUUUACUUUCUUCCAUGUAAGAGGGAGAUUUAAAUGAAGAAUUUCCAAUACUAUCUAGAUAAGGUGUAUACUAUAUAUAAAAUGUCUCUUUCUCUUUUAUACAUAGUAUAUUAGUCUAAACCCGCGGCUCCGAUCGCUCCUUUUUUUUUUGUUUCAAUAUCAUUUUAUUUAUUGAAUCUGCUUUUUGUUUUGAAAGUCUAACAAUAAGUAAUAAAAUCUUAAACCUAUUUAAGAACUAGACACGCUCAAGCAAGUGAUUGAGCUGUUUUGGUGAUACAUUGCUCCUCAGUACGCGGGCAUAUCUCUUCUUUUAAGACGUGUUUGAUCGCAGGAAUGUACCAAAGCAUUAGCCAAAGGGUUUGGGUGAUUACGGAAUUUAGAUAUGUAUAUAUUUAAUUCUGCUGUCUUCUACUUCUUUCCUUACCAUAGAAAUACCAAGGUCUUUAUGGAUAUUUCCGUAAUGACAUGCGUAAUGACAUGUAUCAUGGUGAACACGUGAUUGAUCUAAGCAUUUUUGAUUGGAACCUUUGUAUUAUGUUUAUAUUAGUUGCACAGGUCGUACCCCACAGUUGAAUGCCAUACAUCCAAAUCGGCUUUAUGACCGCAUUAUGUAAAAGCACUUUGUUGUCUAGGCUAAGUUUGGAGUUUUUAUUUAAUAGCCAAUUUAAAUUUGCAGCUCUUAUCUUCAUGCAAGUUAUUUUACUAGAUACAUAUAUGUUUUUUCCACGUAAGUCUUCUAUCUAGGUGAAUACCAAGAUAAGUUACUUCAUUCGCUUGGGGUACUAAAACAUUGUUAAUUUUUACUGCUGGACACAUUUUUGGUCUAAGCGAAAAUGUAACAUGCUUACACUUUUGUUCAUUUACCUUUAUACGCCAGUUAGCUAGCCAUUCUUCGACAAACUUUAAGUGCUCGGCUAAUAUUCUUGAUGCUAUUAUGUGGCAUUUGUUACGGCUCACUAUAGCUGUGUCGUCCGCAAAAGUAGAAGUUAAUACAUUGUUAGCUGUUGGAAGAUCUGCUGUAUAUAUGAUGUAUAGUGUUGGGCCUAGAACACUGCCCUGGGGUACACCAGCCCUUAUCUGUCUUUCAUCAGAUAUGAAAUCUCCCACUUUUACCAUAAAUUUUCUAUUUUUUAGAUAAGACUCCAAGGUUCUAUACAAUUCUAAAGGUAGAAUUUUUUUAAUCUUAUAUAAAAGACCUUCGUACCACACCUUAUCAAACGCCUGAGCCACGUCUAGAAAUAUAGCUGAACAGUGCUCUCUGUGCUCAAAUGCUUUUCUUAUUUCGUUAGUAAUUCUAUUUACUUGCUCAAUCGUGCUAUGUUUUUCACGAAACCCAAAUCGGUGCGUUGGUAUAUUAUUAUUUUCAUGGAGGAAAGGAGUCAUCCUUGAUAGUAACAAUUUUUCAAAUAUCUUAGAAAGACAGGGUAGAAGACUGAUUGGUCUGUAUGAAGACGGCUGUGUUAAGCCUUUCCCAGGUUUGUCUAUCAAGAUGAUCUGCGACUUUUUCCAUGAAUUUGGAUAGUGUCCGAGAUUAAGAAUUGCAUUGAAGAGCAAAGAGAGCACCUUUACGGCAAUAUUUGGUAACUCAAUUAGCAUUUUUGGGGUAAUAUUAUCAUGUCCUGGUGAUUUUUUGGGGUUAAGUUCUUUUAUUAUUCUAGUAACUUCAGAAGUAGAAGUCCUAAUAGACACAUGCGACUCGUUUGCGGUAUUGGGCAAGGUUGACAACUCAAAGUUGUUCUUUGGGCAAUUGGGUUGAAAUACCUUUUCUAGGUGAUUUGCAAAGCAAUUUGCCUUAUCCUCGACACUACGUGCCCAAUUACCAUUCAACUGUCUUAGAGGCAUGUUGGAAUCUACUGGUGGCUUGAAAGACUUUUGUGCUUUCCAAACAGUUUCUUUAUAUAAUUUUCAGUGUUGUGUUCCUCUUCGCGUUUAAGCGCUUUUUUUUAACUUUCGUACAGCAGAUUUCAGUUGAAGCAGAGUUGAAGGGGAUCGAUUUAACUGCCAUUCCCGCCUAGCUCGCCUUUUCUCAUUUACAAAUUUCUCUAUUUCAUUAUUGGUGAUCUUUCUAAAACCAACUGGUUUGUUGUUUCUUUUUGGUGUUGCCAAUACAGCUGCAUUAGUUAUUACGUCAUUAAUUUCUCUUAUAUUUUUAUCAAUGUCUCUAUCUGUAUUUAUUUUGCAAUCAGUAUUGAUGUGGGUGCUGAUAUACUUUCUAUAUUUCAACCAGUUAGUUGUAUGUGAUGUUAGAGAAACUUUCGGCUCGAAUAUCAUGGGCUGUUCGUAUAACUUUAUUAGAACAGGAGAAUGAUCAGAUGAUAAGUCUGUACAUGUAUCAGCUGUCAUAAGCGAUCUAUCUAUAUUUUUGACUACAGCAAAAUCUAUUAAGUCUGGUAUUUUUCUUCUAUCACUGGGCCAGUAUGUCGGCUUACCAGGAGAUAUUAGAUCCAGCUUAUUAUGCUUAUUCAUAAUAGUGUAGUAUAACUGUCGUCCUUUCGGAUUAAUAAGACGUGAGCCCCAGUACGUGUGUUUUGGGUUAUAAUCUCCACCUGCUAGAAAACUUUGACCUAGUGUUCCAAAAAAGUCUUUAAAUUCGAUUUCUGUAAUUUUAAAACGAGGUGGGCAGUAUAUAGCCGUAAGGUUUAAGUCACAACCCCGAUUUUUUAGUGAUAUUGUUGUAGCUUGUAACUGUGGUGUAGCAUGAGAUUCUAGAGCAUAGUGGUUUAAACGAUUUCUAAUCAAAACUGCCGUGCCACCAUGCGCUUUUCCAUCCGGAUGAUUUGUAACGUAUAGUCUAAAUCCCGGUAUAUUGAAAUUAUUUUUAUUUGUUAGAUGAGUUUCUGAAAUAAGCAUUACAUCUAUAUUCCUUUCAGACAGAAAUCUGAUUAUCUCUAAUUUAUGUUGGUUAACACCGUUAGCAUUCCAUAUACAGAUAUUUAGUAAGCUCAUUUUUUACUUAAUAAAUUUUGCAGCAUUUGAUUUUGUGAUUUUAUUAAAUCUUGGAUCAUGUUUUGCAUGGUAGACAUAAAUUGAAUCAUACACUGUGUAAGAUUUAUAAUCAAAGUUUCAAUACCUCCAUUUGGAGGGUUUUGCGGCAGUUGCGUUUGCACAGUGUUUCCUUUCACCACAUUUGCAUAGCUUCCUUGCAUAUUAUUAUUGUUAGAAGUAAACUGAUUUGAACUUUUUUCUGAGGGUGCUAUUAUUUCAUUACGGGGUGUCUGUAACAUUUGGUUACGACGUGCUUGAAUGCUCUGUGACAACUUCGAUUUCAAAUCUUUAUAUACGGGGCAACCUCUGUAGUUGGGAGUGUGAUUUCCCCAACAAUUACUGCAUUUUUUAUUUAAAUCCUCUUUUUUAAGAGUACAUUUAGAAGUAGGGUGUAGAUUACCACACACCACACAGACACUGCGUAGAGUGCAAUAUGCUUUCGUGUAUCAAUACUCUUGGCAGUUUGUAGUUACAUUGUACUGGACCAUUUCUCUUAUGUGGUUCCUCAACGGUAAUUCUGCGAUGGAGCAGAUAUUUUAAAUUGUAAAUCGGGUGUACGAGUAUUUCAUUUUUCUUUAGUUGGUUACAAUUUGGCAUCAGUUCUAUUUUGAAAUAUUUACUACUGAUUUAAUGCUAAAACCACCUUCUUCUAGUGCUUCUUUAACGUCGUUAGAGUCUACCGAAGACUCUAUACCUUUUAUUACAACAACUAGGCCUUUUGAGCUCUUCAGUUGGUAAGAGUAGUAAUUCUUGUUAUUAUUUGAUAGGAAUAAUACAAUAUCCAUGAGACUUUUUUCAGUGUAUAUUUGAAUUUUUGUUUCAUCUAUGUUACCUUUUUUCAAGGGCACAAUGUGAAAAUUGUUUGUGCCUCUUAUAUUGCUCAUUUUGGAAACAAGCGCAUUUGAGCUACGUUCACGCAAACAGAUUGGAGGGGGUUUGGCAUUCACUACCGUGGUGGUACCCUUUGCUUCGUCGUUAGGCUCUUUGCUUAAUAAGGCAAAUCUGUUGCCAAUAAGAAUUUCUGGCUUUUUACUGUUUGGCAUGCCUGCUUGAAAUUUUUUGGUAUUGACCGCUGUUUUAAUAGGACUCAAUUUCCUUUUUACAUUAAUGUAGCGAUCAAUACCAGUCUGAACUGAUGGCCCUUUUUUGCUUGGUACAUUCAUACCUUGCAUUUUAUUUUCCUUCGCUGUCCGGGUGCUUUAUGGUACCUGCAUAGUGGCUGCUGUCAGUGGAUUUGUUGUUGCCCGAUUGCUGCUUACUGCUGCUUCUGCUGACAGCGCUUGCUUAGUCUAUCUUUCAUCUGAUCUGAUCCAGGCGUUGCUUUUGUUGGCUCGACAAAGCUAAAGUAGACAUUUAAGGAAUGCCUACGGUUUUGCAGAUGAGGCUGCGAAGCACUCAUUAUAAUUAUUGUUUGUUUUUUUGUUUUGUCUUUUGUUUUUAUAUAUUUGUUUUGUACACUGUUUAUUAGGCCGGGUCGAUUUGUGGGAAGGCAAAAAAAUCGCCCAUUGCUCUAUGAAAAUCAUAUUCAAGGGAUCAAAAUAUGAAACUUUGCCGAAGGAACCAUACCUCUGAAACGAAUUAUGAUGUCCCCCAAUUUGGGUCGAACUUUCGGGUAGGGGCAAAUUUUGAAAUAGAAUUGAAAUUACCAUUUCAUUCUUAUUACCUCUGAAAGUGAGGAGAACUAAAGCAAUAACCACUAUGGUAUUUCAAAAAAAAUAAUAAGUGAAGUGAUCAUUCCAAAUCAAAAAAUUUACAAUGAAUCCACCAUCUUCUACACCGCAAGAUGAAGCAACUACAUCAACAACUAUCGAAAACCCAAUGAGUCAUAUACCCAAGCAUGAUGUUACUGUUUUUGGUGUGUCUACUGAUUUGACUGAUCUUAAUUUACCAACCCAUCUGGAUAUCUUGAGAUAUUAUUUUUACCUAAGCGAACGUGCUAAAACAGAACAAAAAAGUUUUCCCAUAAAUCAUUCACUAUUCAAGUACAAGAUAAGUUGAUUGGAAUUUGGGAAAAACUUGGUAUGGAAAUAAUGCUGAAAAAAAGUGUAUGUAAUAAAUUGAAUAAAUUGCUUGACAAGUAUCAAGAGCAAAUCAAGAGAAGAAACAACACCCAACAAUUUACAGAGUAUGUAAAAUCUCUGGAAACAAUUUUUUACAUUGGAAAAUGUAAAUGCGAUUUGAAGGCAGCUCCAUGUGCAUGCGGCUGUGUUCCCGAACGCCUCAAAGAGUUCAUGCACGAUCAACAUAAUCAGAGAAGACUAACAAUGAAUGCAUUUAUGAUGGAAACUGAAGAGCAAGGAGCAACGUCUAUGUCAUCAAUGCCAACAUACCAAGAUCCCUAUGAUUCAACAUACGCACCGCCACCGGUUCAAGAAGAUAUGGAUAGAAGCACAAGUUCACAAUACACAGAGAGAUACGAUUGUUUUAACUUUGCCUUGGUAUGUGACAGAUUUGGUGUGCCUGACAGAGUAGCAUCAGCAUUGGGAACCGCUCUUUUGCAAGAUUUUAAAAUUAAAGAUAAGCAUGGGAAACAUCUCAUCAUGGAUAAAUCGAAAGUUCGCAGAGAAAAAGAGAAAUGCAGACAAAAAGUGCUUCGCAAACGGUUAGAUGAUAUCACUUUGUUAGCGUUUUCAUUCGAUGGCAGAAAAGAUACGAUAGAUAAAAUUGAUGAGAAGUAUCAUAAUAGGAUGGUAAAAGAACCUUAUCUUGUUAUUUUGAGAGAACCCAAUUCUGAAUUGAUUGGUUACGUUAAACUGGAACAUAAAAACGCUGAAUACAAAACAACCAAAUUAUAUGGUUUUUUCAACGAUAAAAAUAUAUCACUGGAUACAUUAAUUGGAAUAUGCACUGACGAUGAGCCAACAAACACUGGCCCACACGGUGGAAUUAUACGACGAUUCGAAUUGCUGUUAAAAAGACCAUUGCAUUGGUUUGUUUGCCUUCUACACUUCAAAGAACUUCCGUUUCGGCAUUUGUUUGAAGCUUUGGAUAAAUCAACCAGCACUGGACCAAGAUUGGCAACCGGAAAACUGAGCCGUCAAAUCGAAACUUGUGAAACUCUUCCGGUGGUGAACGGCUUCCAGAAAAUUGAGUUGCAAAAUAUGCCCCCUGCUCCAGAUAAAAAGAAUUUUCCACCGAUUCGAAGUACUUAUACGACAUGGCCCAUGCAAUUUCUAGCGACGUGGUUCCGGUGGAUCUGGCUAACAUCAAACCAGGGAAAAUUGCACAUUCUCGGUGGCUCACCAAGGCCGCUAGAUUAUUGCGAUUAUAUGUGACAACGGAAAAUCCAGAUGCAAAUUUAAGAAUUCUGGUUGAAUUUGUAAUUAAAUGUUAUGUGCCAAGUUCACUGGUUGGUUACGAUUUCUAGAACCUCGUUUACGCAAAAUUGUCAAUCAAGUAAUUAAAGAUAAUUCAUAUUAUGCACAUUCGGAAAAUAUCUUGUAAUCAAUGUUGUUUGAUGAUAGGAAAGAAAAGCGCGACUGUGCCAUCAAGAAAAUUCUACGCUAUCGAACCGAUGUUGACGAGCCAAUGGAACUUAGAGUUUAUAAAAAACCAGAUCUAAACUUUAAUUGCACAAGUUAUACGGAAAUGAUCAAUUUUAAUGAUAUAAAUAUCGUAUUUGAACCACCAUUCUCGCGAAGCAUUCCGUACGAUACAUUGAAAGAAUAUUUAAAUCAAGAUGAUCCACCGUUUAAUGAUCCAAAAAUUCCAUCACACAUACAAGGAACGGAACGACAUGUUCAAUUGCUAGCUAGCGUUUCCAAACGGGCUAUACCGGAAAAUGUAGAGGCUGUUAUGGCGACGACAUUAGAGAGCCGUGCGAAAUUGCCGAGACUUGAAAGUAAAAAAUACUUCAAACAAUAAUUUUUUUUUUAUUUCUUUUCUAUAACUCACUUAAAUUAAUUUUUUCAUAUACACAUAUUCCGACUAAAUAAAUUUCUUAAGAGAAAAAAUAGAUAUUAUUAUAAAUAAAUAAAUAAAAAUAAAGAAAAAACAUAGCCAUUUAGCUGAUUUUUUCAUGUAAAGGCCAAAAAUGGUGAUUUUUUGAAAUUAUUGUAUGGGGAACCCCCCAGGGGAGUUCCAGGGGGUGUGCCACUGGCAUGGGUGGAUCGGCCGUCCAAAGUUAUUACAUUUGGACUCGAUUGGAGCACUCUAAAUGGGUCAAAGUGGGAUUUUUCAAAAUUUGCCCCUACCCAAAAGUUCGACCCAAAUUGCGGGACAUCAAAAUUCGUUUUAGAGGUAUGGUUCCUUCGACAAAGUUUCUUAUUUUGAUCCCUAGAAUACGAUUUUCACAGAGCAAUGAGUGAUUUUUAAAUCGACCCGCCCUACUGUUUAUUAUUAAAAGUUUGUGUGCACUGUUUUUUAUUUGUUUGUUUGUUUUUAUUUAUUGUUAUUGUUUGCUUACUUUUUGCAAAAAUCAGAAUCACGGAGCAAAUUCAAAAACACGUCCGUACACUAUGAACACUCGAAUGCAAAAAGGUCGCUCCUUGUUGUCAAGGAUAUCAUUUAUCGUGAUAAGAAUAUAAUAGAAUUUGUUAUUGCUUCGUAAAUCACUUAAGAAAUAGUACAUACAUACAUAAAUACCUAUGGUAUAACAACAUCUUCACAGUCUCUGCAUCGUAUAUCGUUACACAUACUACGAGUAUAUACGAGUAUAUGCUUCUUGUUGUAGUGAAUAACAGUGCAGGCGUAGAUCAGAAGAGGGCGCGUCUCACGCCCUAUUCAUAUGGUAAUGUUUUGUUCAACAUUCGAAUGUAAUUGCAAAAUCGACUGAUAAAACCAAGAUACUACACGUGAAUAAACACAGACUUAAACGUUGCUUUUAAUUAUUGCUAAUGCUUCAAAAUACAUAUUUGUCAGCUAUUAUGCACUCAUCUCAAAUUAUGAUUUAACUUUUUCUUGUUCAGUUACAACUAUCACUAUAAUUCAUAUACGUACUAUACUAAAAAAAAAAACACUGAAACCACAAAAACUCAUGCUUAUGUUUUGAAAUUUAUGUUUUUUGGUUUAUGAAGUGUUUUGGCUUUUAACAUAAAACGAUGGAAAGUAGCCUAUGCCCCUCCCGAGGUUCCAAGCACCUCAUCACCAAUUUUCAGUCAAAUCGGUUCAACCGUUCUUGAGUUAUAAAUGUAUACAUAUUGCAAAAGGGAUCGGCGUUAGAACCUUCUUUCCGUGCUGUGGUUCGACCGUAAUGCGCGGACAUAGAAAAAAAGGCGUUUCAUUUUUAUAUAUACGAGGUGUGUUCAAAAGGUAUCGCGAAACGUAACUGACAGUUUUCUUCGAUUGCAGGGGCGUGGUGCAUCAUGAGUUCUUGCCACAGGGAAGAACGGUCAAUAAGGAAUAUUACCUGCAAGUUAUGCGCAAUUUGCGCGAAGCAAUCCGCCAGAAACGCCCGGAUUUGUGGAAGAACAAAAAUUGGCUUUUGCACCACGAUAACGCCCCUGCUCACACAUCGUUGCUUGUGCGCGACUUUUUGGCCAAAAACAACACACUAAUGAUGCCGCAGCCACCGUAUUCCCCAGAUCUGGCCCCCUGUGACUUUUUCUUGUUCCCUAAACUGAAGAGGCCCAUGAAAGGACGACGUUACGCUUCUCUUGGCGAGAUAAAGACGGCAUCGAAGGAGGAGCUGAAGAAGAUAAAAAAAAAAUGAUUUUUUUAAGUGCUUCGAAGAUUGGAAAAACCGUUGGCACAAGUGUAUAAUAUCUCAUGGGGAUUACUUUUAAGGGGACAAAAUAGAUAUUCAUGAAUAAAUAAAUAAUUUUUGAAAAAACACAAAAUUCGCGAUACUUUUUGAACACACCUCGUAAGAUAGACGAUGGGUUUUGCCUGGUAGCGAGGCUGCGUUGCAGGUAUAAACCAUUUUUAAAUUAUCUUGUUUAUUUCUAACAAAAUUUUAAACUUAAAAAAUAUAUCGCCAUCCAACCAUUUAGCUCUUUUAUCCUCAUCUCUCUUACUUCUUCUCUCUAAAUAUAUACAAGCGUAGAAAUAAAAAAGGAAGUAAGUACAAAUAAAAAAGUAAAUAAGUACAAAUAAAAAAGUAAGUAAAAGAAAAUAUACGCUGACUCAUGCAAAUUUUUUUCUCCACUCCAUUUUUCAGUUUGUACAAUUUGGUAACUGUUCGUUGGGUAUUGUACAUUUUGCUCGAACCUUUCAGAAUUUAAUCACUUUUAUCAGUUCCAUUAUAAUUCUCUGUCUAAAUUUAACAUUCUCUGUUAUAUGCAAGUAAUGCAUUUUUUUUAUUAUUUACGGUCGUAAGUCAGUAAAAAAUUUACGUUUUGUGAAUUUUUUUUUAACAAACCAUACCUAUUGGAUUAUCUUCAAAGUGGUUCGGACCAUUUUUCAUUUCAUGCAACGGUUUAGUUAGCAAUAGCGAACAGAAAAAAACCCAACUUAAUUUUAUAUAUACGAUUAUGUGUAUACAGGUAUGUAUGUAUAUAUUUGUUACUUUUUUAUUUGUACGUUUGUAUAUAUUUACAAAGAAUAGGUAAGAGAGAUGAGGAUAAAAGAGCGACAUGGUUGGAUUCCGAUAUAUGUACAUAUACAUACAAGUAUGUACAUACAUACAUAAAUAUCCACUGUUAUGUUGUUGUUGUUCUUUUACUUUUGCUUAUAAAUACAGUCUGUCUAGUAGAAGCGUGAUCGCCAUAACUUGGAAUUUAUUUGUCCGAUUCGUUUCAAAUAAACAACAUUUUACACGUUUAUAAUAUUUAUUGUACGCAAUAUUUUUAAUAACAUGUAUAGUCACCGCCAUUCGCUAUUAUGACCUCACACCUCCGACUCAUACUUUGCACUAAGUUCUUAGCAAGUUGCCGAGGCAAUAGUUUCCAAAUCAGCCGAAUUUGUCUUGACAAAUCCAAGAGUGUCCUCUUCUCCCGAAAAUCUUCGCAGCCGAUGGUAAUAAAGCUGUUUGAUAAAUUUUGUUCAUCAAAACCGCAUUCAAGUUGCUGGUAAACACGAAAAGGUGUCCAAAUCCUUUUUCUGAGAAACAUCCCCAAACAUGGACCUUCACUGGGUGUUUAACAGUUCGUUGGAGCAAUCGAUUGUUAGCGGUACACCAAGAUCGGUUUAUGUUACUAUUUGCACAAAAUGAAGAUUCAUCCGUGAAUAUUACAUUAUUCCAAUUCCGUUCUGAAUUGGCGCGGGCCCAGGCGAGUCUUUUUUCAACGUGUGAUGAUGAGAGCAACGGUUUUUUAAGAAAUCUGCGCUAUUUGACGUCGUUAGCACCCAAAUGUUUUCGAAUCGUCUCUACCGAUAUUUUAAGAACACUUUUCGCUACAACUUCUUUAGCUUUACGCAACGAUAAGCCCGGCUUCGUCGCAAACAAAUCAAGGAUCUUCUUGUCCUGCUUUGGUGAGGUCCUUUUUUUAGGGCCCCGCCCAGGCAAAUCGUCGACAUUUUUUACUUCUAAAUACCGAUUCGUUCACUUCGUUAUGAAUGACUUCGACUUCUUCAUAUAUUUUGCUGCAGCUAAACGUGACAUUUUCGGCCCUCUAGAGUGUAGACAAAGAAAUACAGCUUCAAAUCGCUUCUCGUACGCGGAACUCAUUUUUUAAAACAACGUGCACUUUGUAAUAGUUUCACGAAACUGACAGUUUUUGCAAUGCGUACUACAAAAAUGAUGUCGCUACCAAGGUGCAUUCAAAUUAUUUCGAUAACGGCACUUUAUGUGCAAAUUUUGCCGAUCACGAUUCUACUAGACAGACUGUACAUACAUAUGUUAUAGCAUCAUGUUUGUUGCUUUGUUAGCCCAAGCGGUAUCGCCGAACCUAACCAAAGUAAGAAUACUUGAGUUUAAAAAAUUGGCUUGGUUUUUUUCGUAGUGUAUUUGGAGACACGAAUUAAGCUUGAAGGCAGGUAGUUGAACAACAGUAAUUUUUUUUUUUUUCAAAUUUCUUGAUGCAGUUGACUUAUGUAUGUAUGUCUAUAUAUACUUCUUCUUCUUUACUGGCGUAGGCACCGCUUACGCGGUUAUAGCCGAGUUAACAACAGCAAGGCUGUCGUUUAGUUUUCAUUGGUACUGUUUUUUACGUGGCGGGUCCCAAACCCAGCGCACAACCCUGCGGAGGGAAUGUUUCGCCUUCGUAUGUAUACUACUGAGAUAAAAUUGAAAGGUGAAUUUUGUCCAUUUUAUCUCCUUCAAGAUAAUCCCCUCUCGCUGCAAUACACUUAUGCCAACGAAUUUUCCAGUCAUCAUAGCACUUGGAAAAAUUCUCCGUCGUGAUGGCCAUCAGAGCCUUCUUCGAUUCAGCUUUUAUAUCCUCAAUUGAGUCAAAACGGUGUCCUCGGAGUGAUCAUGUGAAUUUGCUGAAUAGCCAGAAGUUACAUGAAGGUAAAGCGAAUGCGGUGGUUGCGGCACGACAAUAGUAGAAAAUGUGGCGGAAUGAUCACGAAUAACCAAUGUAUUAUAGUAUGAGAUGGUGCAUUAUCGCACUUCUUAGUUCAAUAAAUCGAAGAAUUCACAUUUAAAGCCUCACAAAACGAUGUGUAUCUCCAAUACUAAUUAAUAUUUUGACGAGAAUUAAGUACAGAUGGCGUUAAGACUACUACCAACUUGAAAAAAAAUUACCGAUUCAAAAACACGCGAAGUGUAAAUUAAAAAUUCACCUUUCAAUUUGAUCACAGUAGUAUACAUACUUUGGUAAGUAUAACACAGGCCAACACUCAAUUUGCUUCUUUGAAUUUAUCAACUGAUUCUAGUUAAUUUGGGUGCGCUGAAUUUAAAUUUUUAAUCAGUUUGCCUCUGUCAGCUCUAGCUUUCAUGAUAUAGCUUUUUUAUACCUUCCAAUUAAUUUAAGACCUGAAAAAAAAUUUUGCAAAUCUGUAAUCAGUUUGUCUCUAUCAGCUCUAGUUUUCAUGAUACAGCUUUUUAAUUUUUUUCUGUAUUUUUUAUGUAUUUGAAAUUCUUUUUUGCUCGCCUU